CCGAGCAUGGUAGCCGGUGCAGAGUGAUGGAGGACGCUGGUUUCGCGGAUCUGAUCCGGUCGUGAUGAACCCGUUUGACUUCCCUGGUUCCCCCCGACGUGGGGAUGCGCACCGCGGGGACGCGCACCACCCUUGGGCCCGGUUUUCCUCGUGGCUGGAGUGCGUGUGCGUCGUUACCUUCGACCUCGAGCUGGGACAAGCCAUAGAGAUGGUGUUUCCUCACGAUGUGAAGCUCACUGAGAAGGAGAAAAGCAGCAUCUGCUACCUGUCCUUCCCUGACUCGUACUCAGGAGGCCUUGGGGACACUCAGUUCAGUUUCAGGUUACGCCAGUCGGUCGGCCGCAGAGCGUGGAGGCUCCGAGAGGAUAUUUACAACAGAGACGCCCCCCCCACCCUGCAGGUACUCACACACAGACACACACACAUACCUGGACACCUUCAAUGCCCCCAGCCUCCACAUGGGCCCCCAGCCUCUACAUUCCCCCCCAGCCUCCACAAGGGCCCACAGCCUCCACAGGGAUGCCCGAAAAGCUCCGCCGGAGCGAACGUCCCACUGGGGCAGACCGGCUCCCACUGGGGCAGACCAACUCCCACUGGGGCAGACCGGCUCCCACUGGGGCGGACCGGCUCCCACUGGGGCAGACCAACUCCCACUGGGGCAGACCGGCUCCCCCUGGGGCAGACCGGCUCCCACUGGGGCAGACCGGCUUCCCCGUGGAAGCAUGCUAGGGUUAGGAUUCCUUCCAGAACCGACCAAUCAGGAGGAAGUCCCGUCCGACAGACUGGUCAACAGGUGUUGCCGGCGCCAACCGUGCUGCCCUCCGUCCACGAGCUGGACCUCUUCAGGUGUUUCCAGCCGGUCCUCGUUCACCUUCAUAUGCUCUGGGAGCUCAUGUUGCUAGGGGAACCACUGGUUGUUAUGGCACCGUCUCCAACCGUCUCCUCGGAAACUGUGCUGGCUCUCAUCAGCAUUAUCAGUCCUCUGAGGACCUGCUGUGAUUUCCGUCCCUAUUUCACCGUCCACGACAGCGAGUUCAGAGAGUUCACCACCAGGACCCAGGCGCCGCCCAGCGUGGUCCUGGGCGUCACCAACCCGUUCUUCAUCAAGACGUUCCAGAACUGGCCGCACAUCGUCCGGCUCGGAGAAACCAAGAUGGCCGGUGAUUUACCCAAACAGGUGAAGGUGAAGAAACUGUCCAAGCUGAAAACUCUGGACACCAAACCAGGCAUCUACACGGCGUUCAAGACGUUUCUACACAAAGACAAGAUUCUAAUUAAAAGACUUCUGAAGGGGAUACAGAGGAAGCGCCCCCCCGAGGUCCAGACCUCCAUCUUGAGGCAACACCUGCUGGAGCUUACGCAGAGUUUCAUCAACCCAUUGGAGCGCUACAUGGCUAGCCUGAUGCCUCUGCAGAGGUCGGUGACACCGUGGAAGACCCCCCCUCAGAUCCGUCCCUUCAGUCGGGAAGACUUCCUGUCCACUCUGGACCUCGCGGGGCCUCCGCUGACCUCAGGGCUCAAAGGGGAUUGGACGGGACUCUACAGGAAGUUCUUCCGCUCUCCGAACUUUGACGGCUGGUAUCGGCAUCGCCACAAAGAGAUGACGCAGAAACUGGAGAGUCUCCACCUGGUCGCCCUCGGAGACGCCGACCUGAUGAGUUGGACGAGGGAAAAGUCGGAGGUGGAAAUUGUCGACUUUAUUCUGAAGCUCAGAGAGAAACUAAAUAAAGCUCGGCGGCAGCAGCUGCAGGUGAAGGACGGCGUUCUGGAGAAACUGGAAACUUCCAUCGCCGCCGCCGUGGGCUUACUGCCCGCCGCGCUGCAGCCGCUGUUCCCCUGACUCCGCCCCCUGGUCACAUGACCUGGC